AUGGCAAGCGAAAACACCCACCGCGGUCAACCUGCGCAGACCGGUGCUCCCCAGGCUGCAUCGAUAGACACCAUCGAGCAGCUGCUCAAGGCAAAGGAUGACACCUCACGGUUUGUCGGCUUGGCUCUGGUCAAAUCCACUCUUGACACUUCUGAGAGUCUGCGCAAUGACGAAAAAGUUAUUACAUCCCUAUGGAACUCCAUUCCGUCCAAGUUCCUCGAUCGUUUACUGAAGACGGGAUCGAAGCCUGGCGCGAGACAAAAUGAUGCCAAGGAGAUGCUUGACCUCGCCGUCGCCGUCAUAUAUAAUUUCAGCAUCUUGUUGCCUAGUGAAACCAAGUCGGACCAAAAGCUGGUCGGACGGGUUCCCUUGCUAGUCGAUGCCAUUCUACAAAGCUCAGAGGAAACGAGUGACAUUAUUCUCAAAGCACUCUUGACGAUUGUCAGUGCCUCUCCCGAGGGACGCACUGCGUUUGCGGCAAUUGAAGACUGGUCCCCUCUUAUAGAAAUCGCACCCAAGAGCCCCAUGGUAUUAUCUAUCCUCGCCUGGUCUUGGGUAUACGGGCAAUACGAGGACAAAAAGACCAUGAGUCUGAGGGUUAACAAGGCCAUCGAGUCUCUGGUGGCUUCUUACAAAGGAACCGAUGCUGUUACCUUGCUCGACUUUCUUGCCAAACUCCUAGGCCGACUUAACCCUGAGGUCAUCCCCCCGAAUCCCCGGUGGUUGGGGGAUGUGAUCAAGUUUGUUCGCGGUCUGACGGCUUCCAAACCGACCGCCGUCAGUCGCGAGGCAUACACCAACUGCGUAGCCAAUCUUCUUGUGGCAUAUCAAGAACCAGCUUCUAAACUGAUAUUCACGGAUAGCCUGAAAGCUUCCAGUCAGUCUCAUCUCCUGAUCAACCUCAUACUAAUCGAUAUCCGCGCAAGUCUGCCUACGUUACUCGAAAAACUCAACACCCCUGAGUAUCCUGCCCUUUCAGAACGUUUGACCUCGGCCCUUAUAAUCCUGUCUUUCUUCGUAAACUAUCUCUUGGAGACAUUUGCGGAGGUCACUGAAGAAACCUCUGCACCAUCACCAUUUCCCCAGGAUGAAGCCAUGACGCUCCUAAAAGUCCGAGACUCGGUCGUUGAGACGCUAUCACUCCUAAUGGAAUACCUUAGAGAUCGAUGGGAUGCUGCAAUUGCCGGCGCACAGGGGUUGCAUCCUGACGCGCGUUAUGGGGAGUCGCAUACAGUGUCUGGGUCCCUAAAGACUCUGGCUUGGGACUCGAAACAUGAGUCCGCGUCUGAGGACCGGCUCCUACUUGCUGCAUUGCGUGUCCUAGGUGAUUGGUUGAGAGAGGAUGAUUCGCCGGGUUUGAGGAGGGAGGCGACCGGUAUGAUGGAUCUACUCAUGGACCUCUACCAACCUAGCUCGGCAGCAAGAGUUGGCAUCACUACUCGCCCACUCGUCCUUGGCAUCUUGGACGGGAUCCUCAAAAUCGACGAAGGCAUCGAAGCACUUCUGGAACACGACGGCUGGGAUGUACUAAAACGAGAUCUCUUGAAAAUCCUCAGCGACUCUCGACAAGACGAUGCGCUCGAGCACAGUCUUGGUCAGCAUAUAGCUGUAAUUCUAUCCGAGUUGGCCGACACGCGUACUACAACACCGGAGGACUGGCUUGAUAUAGUAACAGCUGUCGCAGCAUAUGACGUCCCCAGCGCUAGCCAACCGUCGCUGCCAUUGCAGCACCUGUGGGCUGAUGUGCUACAACUGUCUGCAACCCUCCUCAGCCGUGCGCCGCCCGGAGUCAAGAGAAGAUAUGUGCAUUCAGCAAGCGCAUUGACGGGUAUUGCCGCAGCAAUGUUGAAAAAGAAGCUAGAGGAUGGGGUCAGGCACGAUGUUGCUGAUGCGGCUGCUAUACUGGACAGUGACCCUGUGCUGGGAGGCAGAUGA